GGUCACAGAAGGUUGAAACUACAGGAUUAGAGCUCCAAACUGCACGAACGAGCAAAGAAUUCAACACUAUGGAGCGACACGGACGUUGAGGAAAGUUACAUCGAUGUUUACACUGAAAAUAUAGGAUUUUUUAAAGAGGAAUUCCUUCGGCGUGGCUUUCCAAGUGGAGUUUUUGGACGUCAUCCGAAACUAAACUGAUAACAGCUCGAUCAAUCGCUGGUAAAUCAGUGCUUUCCAAAUGUCGACAAUGAGCGAAGACGUGGAAGAAUAUGAAAUCGCCGAAGAGAAAGACUGGAGAGAACUGGAGCCCAAUUAUUCCCUGAAGGUUUUCCUGACUAUUUUGUACAGUCUCAUUUUGGUGACUGGAAUUGUGGGUAAUUCAAUAACAAUCCGAGUUACGCAAAUUUUGAAACGUAAAGGAUAUUUGCAGAAAAACGUCACCAAUCACAUGGUUAGCUUAGCGUGCUCCGACUUGCUCGUGCUGCUAAUCGGGAUGCCGGUGGAGUUGUACAGCGCAAUUUGGUUCCCGUUUUCCUCCACAUCUGGGAACGCUUCGUGCAAAAUCUACAGCUUCCUUUUUGAAGCGUGCAGCUACGCCACGAUCCUAAACGUGGCGACGCUUAGCUUUGAGCGCUACGUGGCUAUCUGUCAUCCUUUCAAGUUCAAGGCGCUGGGAGGGAAGAGGACGUCGGGGCUGAUCACGUUUGCGUGGUUGGUGUCCGUGCUCGUGGCUUUACCGCUGUUGGUCGCUACGGGAACGCAAGGUCACAUCCCGAUUCGCCAAAACACGCCCGCUCAGAAUCUGACUUUCUGUACGAACCUGAGGGAUAAAUGGGUGAUGUUUCGAGCGAGCAUCUUCGUAGCGUUUCUAGUUUAUCUGAUCAUACUCGUGGGUGUGGCGUUCAUGUGUAGAGCCAUGAUCGUGGUUUUGAGAAGACCGUUGAGCUCAGUGGACAGAGAGGCUAACGCUAGCUACGCCGCGCCCAAACACGAAAGUCCCAAAGUGAAAACGGCUCGGAAGCAAACCAUCAUUUUUCUGGGUCUGAUCGUCGGUUCUCUGAUGGUGUGUUGGCUCCCAAACCAGAUCCGUCGUCUCAUGAUGGCGGCCGUGCCCAAAUCCCGCUGGACCGUUUCAUUUUUCCACGUUUACAUCAUCCUCCACCCGGUCGCGGACACGUUCUUCUACCUGAGCUCCGUCAUCAACCCUUUCCUCUACAACCUCUCGUCCAAACAGUUCAGGGAGGUGUUUCUACAAGUGCUCAAAUGUCGCUUAACCAUCGAACACGUCAACAAACGGACCGUGCCCGGCUCCCGAGCGGCGUCCGCCCGAUCGAUACAGCCGCUCCUGCUCAAGUCGCUGAGGAGGAGUAAAGGCAAUAACGCCACGGGGAAGGACAGUCACAGAACACCACCCACUUUUACAACGUUUCAACAGCACAGUGACUCAGGGAUCGAGUCUGAAACGCCGCAGUCGCUCAAUCUGACCGAAGACACUGAAACGAGCGACAAAAAUAAACCCCCAGAGUCUGAAGUUUAAUGUUUUUAAGAUGUUUUUAAAGGAAUGUUAAAGGUGCAGUGUGUAGCUUUUCUGGUAGAGGGUCUGCCGCCCAUUUGUCACCAUGGAGAUGUUAUUGCUUUGCCUGGAAUCUUCCGCAGUAUGGCAUUAAACGUCUUGCAUUUCAAAUCCAGUC